AUGGCCAAAUCACCAUCGUCGUCGCCAGCGCAAGUGACAGUCGUCCAGACGCUGUGGAAGGCGUACAACGAGCAGACACCGGACCGCCUCAAGUUCGUUGAUGCGUUCCUGUUCUUCCUCAUGCUCUCGGGCAUUGUGCAAUUCACAUACUGUGUGCUGGUCACCAAUUUCCCCUUCAACGCGUUCUUAGCGGGCUUCUCUAGCACUGUUGGUCAAUUUGUGCUGACCGCUUCGCUGCGGUCCCAAGUCAACCCCGAGAAUAAAGAUGAAUUCAAAGAAGUAUCCCCCGAACGCGCCUUCGCCGACUACGUGCUGGGCUCUAUAGUACUCCAUUUCUUCGUCUUCAACUUCCUUGGAUAA